AACCUUGUUAUUUUGCCCACAGACCAUACGAAUGAUCUUGUUACUAUCAUGAUUCAGACAAUGAGAAGAAUGUCUCUAUUGUGGAUGAUUCCCCUAUGGGCUGUGCUCGCCGAGGGAUCCCCGUUGCUACAGAUCAACUCCAGGGAUAUCACGACCGGAAUUGCCGGCACCGGCACACUCGGUCGUCUCGUCUACGGCAUCAUUUCUAUGAUCUCUCUAUUUGGUCUGGCAUUUGCUCUAGGUCUUCGUGUGACCCAAUUCGAGAAGAAGAAGAAAUUGCAGUUCAUGUGGAUCUUGUGUCAAGUCCAGACAGUAUUGGCUCUCGGUCUUGUCGUGUCUGGUGCAAUCCUGGUGUACGGCUUGAACCUCACGACGUACAAACAAUGCCGAGCAUCGAUAACAGUCUGCCUGUUCCUGUAUUUUUCCUCUAAGAUCUUCCUCUACAUUUUCUAUCUAGAACGAGUGCACCUCGUUCGUUCCCCAGAUGUAUUCAAGCGGAGACAUGACAAGAUUUGGGUCAUUGGCAUGAUAACGGUUGUCGGUUUUUUCGGGGGCAUGGCAUUGUGGGCCAUUGCCACGCCUCACGCCAGAAUCGACAUCAAGGACGGCCACUGUCGAAUCGGAAGCGACAUGGUUCCCUCCUACACCACCUUCUCCUCUGACAUCAUCAUCAAUAUCGCCCUCACAGGCGUCUUUUGCUGGCUGAUUUUUCCCAUGCUAUUGAACGACGCGCGCAACCCUUCACAGUGUGGGACUGAAGCAUCGAGACCCGAACGUAUUGAUCGAAAACCGAGUGUCGUCAGAGGUUUACUAACCCGAAAAUCUGCACGUAACGACCAACUUUCUUUGAGCGUGAAGAAGAUGUUGAAGAGAAACAUUAUCGGAUCGGCCUUGACGUUCUUUGCUGGCGCCAUCAAUCUCGUCAUCUACUUUGUCGACGCAACGAGCCAGAUCGCUUAUGUCUGUUUCACACUAUGCAUAGUAGACGUGGUUUUCGGGGUACUGGUCGUACAGUGGUUGACCUUCGGAUCGACUAAAAGCGAUGCUAACACCAUCCGAUCAACAACCAAUACGGCAGCCACUUGCAUGGAAGCCAGGUUCACAAGUUUAUCUAUGCCAGAACCUGUUAUGACACCAUUGAAAUCAUCAAGGUGA